AUUAAAGAAAGAGAGAGAGCCGACUGCUCUUGUCACAGUCAACCAACACAGGGCGAAAAAGCUCCAGAAAAGUCAUAAGGAGAAGAAAGACAUCGCUGGGAAAAGAGGAAGUUCCAAACAGUCGAGGGAGUAUUGGAAAUUAUCGUGGAAUUUCAGCAAACGUUUGACGGGAUUGAGGACUUCAUACCCUGUUCCUGCGUGAACACUCACACACACACACACACACACACACACACAAAAACGUACUUCAGGGAUACGAGGACCUUUCAUCAUGGAGUCCGCUCCGGCAGAGAUGAACACGCUUCCGAACGGGAAGGCUCCUGAGCUGGGAGAGGACAUGUGUGUGCAGAUGAGGACGCUGCUGGAGGAUGAUCAACAUGAUACUCCAGCUAGCAGAUUCGAUGAUCCUGAUGGAAACCUGGCAGAGAGUGUUGAGUUCCUACCCAGUGGGGAGGGCAAGAAGCCACUGCGCUUCACUGAUUUUGAGGGGAAGACGUCUUUUGGCAUGUCUGUGUUCAACCUGGGGAAUGCCAUCAUGGGCAGUGGCAUUUUGGGACUGUCAUAUGCCAUGGCCAACACUGGCAUCAUCCUGUUUGUAUUCCUCCUCACGGCUGUAGCUCUUCUCUCUUCCUAUUCCAUUCACCUGCUGCUCAAAUCCUCUGGCAUUGUGGGGAUCAGGUCGUAUGAGCAGCUGGGCUUCAGAGCUUUCGGAAUGUCGGGCAAGAUGGCCGCCGGAAUUGCCAUCUCACUGCAGAACUUUGGAGCCAUGUCCAGUUACAUGUACAUCGUCAAAUCGGAGCUGCCGCUGGUCAUCCAGGCUUUCCUGAAAGCCGACGUGAACUCCGGGGAGUGGUAUAUGGAUGGAAAUUAUCUGGUGAUCAUUGUGUCUGGUGGCAUCAUCCUGCCCUUGGCUCUGAUGAAGCAGCUUGGUUACCUUGGUUACUCCAGUGGCUUUUCCCUCAGCUGCAUGGUCUUCUUCCUCACUGCGGUCAUCUAUAAGAAGUUUCAGAUCCCCUGUCCGUUUGAAGAGUUCUCACCCAACAUCACGUCGACCCACCUCCACUCCAACGUCUCUGCGUUUGUUGACCACGCCCACGACCAUGCCCAUGGCCACGCCCACGGCUACCAUAACGGACACGCAGAGGACGAUUCCCACUGCGGCCCGCGCAUGUUCACCAUCAACACCCAGACGGCAUACACCAUCCCUAUCAUGGCCUUUGCUUUUGUGUGUCAUCCUGAAGUUCUACCCAUUUACACAGAAUUACGCAAUCCGUCUCAGAGGAGGAUGCAGCAUGUCUCCAACGUUUCCCUCCUGAUCAUGUACGUCAUGUACUUCAUGGCCGCGCUCUUCGGCUACCUGACCUUUUACGACAAAGUGGAGCCAGAGGUUCUGCAUACAUACAGUCGCAUUGACCCCUAUGACAUCCUGAUCCUCUGCGUCCGAGUGGCCGUCCUUACUGCCGUCACCUUGACUGUGCCUGUCGUGCUGUUUCCGGUGCGGAGGGCCAUUCAGGAGAUGCUGUUCCCCAAUAAGGUUUUCAGUUGGAUACGUCACAUUGGCAUCGCUCUGACCCUCCUAACCCUCAUCGACAUUCUCGUCAUCUUUGCCCCCAACAUCCUGGGCAUCUUUGGCGUCAUUGGUGCUACGUCUGCCCCGUGCCUCAUUUUCAUUUUCCCCGCCAUCUUCUACAUCCGCAUCGUUCCCAAAGACGAAGAACCCAUGAACUCCACCCCCAAAGUUGUGGCUGCCUGUUUCUCAGUUCUGGGAGUACUGUUUAUGAUAAUGAGUCUAAGCUUCAUCAUCAUUGAUUGGACAACAGGCGGCGGAUAUCCUGGGGGUGGCCACUAGGGGGCAGACUGCUGAUAUUUGGGAGAGGAGUUGGGGACAUAGAGUUGAUGGUUUGGGGUCAGGGGAUUUAUGAAUAUUUUUUUAAAUGUUUUUUUGUUUGUAUUUUGAGCUGUAUGUUGUGGAAGAUGGACUACCUCUGAAAGGAACCACAGGGUCUGGAAUUAUAGAAAUGCAAAGCAUCGCUCAAAAUGCAAGAUCUGAAAUACAUUGCCACACUAUUACUGCAGAAUAUUU